AAAUUAAUUUUGUCCUAGCCGCACACCGUAGUUUGGGCACCAGACGCUACAACUGUCGUGAAGAAGUGGCCCCCCUCUGCUAAAAACAAACUGAAAAAAAAGUAAUAAUAAUAAUAACGCGAGCUGAUUACGUAGCAGGAUAAAUAGUGAAGCAUUAUGGGCAACACAAGUGACAGGGUGUCUGGAGAUCGCCAUGGAGCCAAGGCGCACCGCUCAGACAGCAGCGGCAGUCACAAAGACCAAGAACACAGCAGCAAAAUGGUGGACAGCACAGAUGACCCCAACAUCUUCAACACCCACGGGCCUGAGUCUAAGGCGUUAGGAGAAAAGGAAUUCUCCCCAGAUCUGGAUGACCUGGUGAAGACUGGUCCUCAGGCUCGACCCACUGUGAUCCGCUGGGCUGGUGGAGGGAAGGAGGUCUACAUAGCUGGUUCCUUUAAUAACUGGAGCACAAAGAUACCGCUAAAUAAGAGCCAUAAUGACUUUGUAGCAAUCCUGGACCUGCCUGAAGGAGAGCACCAGUACAAAUUUUUUGUAGAUGGACAGUGGGUUCACGAUCCCUCAGAGCCUUUGGUAACCAGCCAGCUCGGCACCAUCAACAACCUGAUCCAUGUGAAGAAAUCUGAUUUUGAGGUGUUUGAUGCCCUGCAGGUCGAUUCUCUGGAGUGCUCCGACACAUCAGAUCUGUCCAGCUCCCCUCCAGGACCAUAUGGGCAGGAGCAGUACAUCUUCAGACCCGAGGAGCGUUUCAAAGCCCCACCAAUACUCCCUCCUCACCUCCUUCAAGUCAUUCUCAACAAGGACACCAAUAUAUCUUGUGACCCAGCCCUGCUGCCUGAACCCAACCAUGUCAUGUUAAACCACCUUUACGCUCUUUCAAUAAAGGAUGGCGUGAUGGUGCUGAGCGCGACUCACAGAUACAAGAAGAAAUACGUCACUUCUCUGCUUUAUAAGCCUAUAUAAACGUCAGCCUGAGCGUGCCACAGUGCUUUUAGAGAGCAGCAUGUUUGUAUUCUGCUGUUUAUUUUUCUGUACCACCACAUUUAGCCAAAUCUCGCACUGAAACAAGUUUACAGGUGAGCUGAAGGCCAGGGUCCUUGGCUGGGGCUUGUUUGUUUUUAAAGGUUGCACUUCUGUCUCCAUAGGGCUCUGAAAAGAAGUAGCAAAGUGUGAGUGUGAGUGUGUGUGUGUGUGUGUGUGUGUGUGUGUGUGUGCGGGCUGUCACAGAGAGAUGAAAAGCCUACUGUGGCUUUUACCUGACAUAUAGAGACAGUCAAGAAACUGACUACAUCACUGUGUGUAUUUGAGUGUUUGCAGCACUUUGUCAUUAUAUGCAUGUUAGUGUGUAAAAAGAAAUAUUUUUGGUACAUAUGCCACCUUGACGUAUGGCGGAUCUAUGAAUGAUCUCUUGAAGUGAGGGAUUUUGAGUGGUUGUGACGUGUGUGAACAGUUUGAUUUGAAGUGCUGUGUUGUCCUUCAACAGAUUCAGCUACGUUAUGAAGUAGCCAACUUGAUGUUUUUCUUGGAAAGUGCAUACCGGUUAACAGAACUGCGCAGUCAGGCUCACAGUUGAGGGGCUCAAGAGAGCAAUAGACUUGGUUUUGCUUAACCCCAAAGUGCAAUAACCUGCUGUAAAAAAAAGUACUGAGCUUCAAUUCUAGGGAGAAGCAUGUCUUGUUCUUGCUUAGGCAGCAGUAGCAAAUGUCAUCUGAUGCUGUCAGCAUAUAUUACCCAGGUUGAAUUUCUUUCAGGUGUAAUGGCCAUUUUAGAUGGAGUGCAUGUCUUCAACAGGAAAACCCACUUACCUCAUGGGGAAUGGUGGUCGAAGGUCAACGUUUAGUUCUGCAAAGGCCUUUAUCUUAACAUAAGUUUGCAAGCACUUUACCAGCCUGUGAGCGGGAGUGUCGACCUGAGCUUUUAACUAACCUGCUGUCAGUUCUUGUACUGUAGCUUGUCUUGACUAUAGACAACAGUUUGUGCUUUUUUUUUUUUGUUGUUGGUUUGUUUUUUAGACAUGAUCUCGCAGUGUUUUAUGUCUGUGCAUCUGACUUCUGCUUAUCAAAACUAAUGUACUGUAUGUUUCUGUUGAAUGUGUAGUCAUACACAGAGGCGUCUACACCUAAACCGCUUCAGCUUGAUGCUUUGCAUGUGUUGAAUGUCUGUAACUUGCACAGACAUGGCACUCCUUAGUGUGGUACACGUUCAUAAGGAGAUUGACCACACACCUCAAAAUGUGAUCUGAGACACAUUUUCAGAAGAAUACACAGGGCUGCAAAGAUGAACGGUUGCCAUGAAUUUAAACGUUGUCCAAACCCUGUCCACGUGUGCUUUAUAAACAUUUAAGCUAAUUUGUGUUUUGAGGUGCGGUGGCUUUGAAAGUUAUUUUUGUCACUUGCAAAUUGUGCUGCCUUAUUGACUACACUUAUGGUGCAGUGUAUACCCACAGUUGAUGUUCUACAGAACUAUAAAAGGGGCUUUUCAUAAGUCCUGUUGGUGUUCAACUAAAUACUCUGACAGUAUUUUGUGAAUGUUCAGCUUAGCCAUGAAGUUUUGUCCAAAGAGUUUGCAAGAUAUGAUGAGGGAGUGUGGACAAGCGCCAUGGAUGUGAUGUUUUAAGGCUUAAGCCAAAACUUGAAUUUUACAUCAGUUUCAUGAAUGUUUUGAAAUGCUUUGCAGAACCAGCGUGAAGAUCCACUGUAUGAGCUAUUACUAUAUUAAAGAGGACGUGUUGGUCCUAACUUGUCUUUUUUUUUUUUCCUUUCUAAGAAGGUAACAUUUUGAGACACUCCUUUGUUUUUGGCUUAAUGAUUUUAUAUUUUGACAUUUAGUUGUAUUUUAUAAAGUUCUGAAGAGUGUUUCAUUUCAACAGCACUGUUUCAUAGUUGGAAUGACCAAACUUUAAACCUUCAGGCAUGAGAAUAUUUUGAAUUCUAGGUAACGACACUACCUUGUUCACACUACAUUUUUAUUUCUCACAGUUAAUCUAGUUUAAAAACAUUCUUAUCACCAGCUGAGAAUUGUUGCUUAGUUUUGGUUUACUUCAGUGUUUUAACUUCUCAACUUGCUAGCUCUAUAAGUGCACCUCAGGGUGUGUCAGUACGCUGUGACACCACUUUUGGGUGCGACCACAUGUACAACAGCUUGAUGACAAGUUGCUCAUUAACGAAGUAAGAUAAACUUUUGUGUACAAUCAACAGUACGAGCACAAACCCAAAGACCAACUUAGAAGCGAACCACCGCAUUCAGCCAAAAUAAAAAAACACAAG